CCUGAGGGCGCUCUCGCUACCCCAUUGGCGGAUGAGGGGAAGGGGCGGAUCCUGAGGGCGCUCUCGCUACCCCAUUGGCGGAUGAGGGGAAGGAACGGGCUCUGAUUGGCGGAGAGCUCAGUUUCCGGUUCCGGCGGCUCUCUCGGCGGCCCUGUGGAGCGAGGGGGCAGCAGGAUGGUGCUGCUGCACGUGCUGUUCGAGCACGCGGCGGGCUAUGCGCUGUUCGCCGUGCGGGAGGUGGAGGAGAUCAGCCUGCUGCUGCCCCAGGUGGAGGAGAGCAUCCUGAACAUCGGCAAGUUCCACAGCAUCGUCAGACUGGUGGCCUUCUCCCCAUUCAAAUCCGCCCAGAGUGCCUUGGAGAAUGUCAAUGCCAUCUCAGAAGGGAUUCUCCACGAGGACCUCCGGCUGCUCCUGGAGACCAACCUGCCGGCCAAGAAGAAGAAAGCAUUGCUGGGAGUCAGUGAUGCCAAAAUUGGGGCUGCCGUCCAAGAGGAGCUGGGUUACCAGUGCCAGACUGGAGGGGUCGUGGCAGAGCUCACACGAGGGAUCCGUCUGCACUUCCACACCCUGGUGAAGGGCCUCACUGCCCAGUCGGCCUCAAAGGCACAGCUCGGCCUGGGGCACAGCUACUCACGGGCCAAAGUGAAAUUCAACGUCAACAGAGUUGACAACAUGAUCAUCCAGUCCAUCAGCCUGCUGGACCAGCUGGACAAGGACAUCAACACCUUCUCCAUGCGCGUCAGAGAGUGGUACGGGUAUCACUUCCCAGAGCUCAUCAAGAUUGUGAGUGACAACUACACCUACUGCCGCCUGGCCAAGUGCAUCGGGAACCGCAAGGAGCUGAGCGAGGAGUGUCUGGAGGGGCUGGAGGAGAUUGUGAUGGACAGCGCCAAGGCCCACGCCAUUCUGGACGCCUCUCGUUCAUCCAUGGGGAUGGAUAUCUCCCCCAUUGACCUCAUCAACAUUGAGAGCUUCUCCAGCCGGGUGAUCUCGCUGUCCGAGUACCGCAAGGACCUGCAGGAGUAUCUCCGCUCCAAGAUGAGCCAGGUGGCUCCCAGUCUCUCUGCCCUCAUUGGGGAAGUGGUGGGCGCCCGUCUUAUCUCCCACGCCGGCAGCCUGACAAACCUGGCCAAGUACCCAGCCUCAACGGUGCAGAUCCUGGGGGCAGAGAAGGCCCUCUUCAGGGCCUUGAAGACUCGUGGCAACACCCCGAAGUACGGGCUGAUAUUCCACUCCACCUUCAUCGGGCGAGCGGCUACCCGCAACAAGGGGCGCAUCUCCCGCUACCUGGCCAACAAGUGCACCAUCGCCUCCAGGAUAGACUGCUUCUCAGAUGUCCCGACGAGCGUCUUUGGUGACAAGCUCCGGGAGCAGGUAGAGGAGCGCCUGGCCUUCUACGAGACAGGAGAGCCUCCCCGCAAGAAUCUUGAUGUCAUGAAGGAGGCCAUGGUGGAGGCUACUGAGGUGGCCGCUGAAAUCAAGAAGAAAGAGAAGAAAAAGAAGAAGCGGGAGAAGAAGCGGCUGGAAGCCUUGGCAGUGGCAGCAGCUGCUGAGGAAACAGAGAACUCUGUGCUAGAGACAACCAUGGAGGUAGAGGAAAACAACACAGAGCCCAAGAAGAAGAAGAAGAAGAAGCAGGAGACCUCACUGGAGGAGAAUGGGCUGGCAGAAGAGCCCUUGCCCAAGAAGCAAAAGAAACUGGCCCAGGAGGAGCCCCCCCAGCCAGACAAGAAGAAGAAAAAGAAAAAGGUCAAAGAGGAGGAUUAAGCAGGGUGGGAGGUUACCAGGUCUUGCUUGCGGGACAGCCGGGGGACCUGCGCUACAGCAGUACAGACUGACCAGCACCCGCAGGCAGUGGCAGGACACUUGCCUUUCCCAGCUGUAUAAACCUGUUGCUGCUUGUCCAGCAUUUCGAGGCAGCUGUGUGGAAGAAUGUACCCAGCCCGGAGCAGCCCGCAUUAAAUGCGUGUUGGUAUCUGGUGUCUCAUGUGAGUCUCGGCAGAACUAGUGCCGUGGGCUCGCCUCGCUCUGGCAGAGGCUCGAUUUGCAGCACGUGGGGCUGUGCCUAGCCACUGGUUUAACCUGGCCGAGGCUGCUCAUCUGCUGCCUUCCCUCCAUGCUGCAGCCUGCAGCUGUGUCCAGAGGGCAGCCGAGUGCUGGGCCGUGGGGGAGCCCUGCACUGCAGGUGGAAGGGAUGGCUGGGCCAGCGACGAGUGCUUGUAUUUCUGAUAUCGCUUGAGCUCCGUCCUCUGCUCAGGGUGUUACUGCGGAAGCAGAGGGAGUGGAACCACCGCCUGGCCCUACCUGUGACUGAAACAAACUUCCAGUAACAAUAAACGUCUCAAGCUUUUCAA